AUGGCUAACAGAACCAUUGCUUCUUUGCUUGCUACCUUCAUCGUGAUCCUUGCAAUAGCUGGAGAAGCAGUGGCAGCUCGCAAUGUUCAUGAAAGGUCGAGCAUUGAUGAUAAGAAACAACCAGAGUGGGUGGCUGGACAUGAUGGGGUCAGUGUGCUCAUUCCUGGCAUUGGGCGCUUCACACUGUCACCACAUGACAAAGGCAGCUCUGGAGAAGGGCAGGCAGGCUCAUAUGGCAGUAACCCAGCUCCAAGACGUCAAUAUAUUCCUGGUGGGGAUGAUAAUUUCAUUCCAAAUCCUGGAUUUGAGGUACCAAUCCCAGCCAAGAUUAGUGGUGUUAAAGAAACACCCUACCCUUGA